AUGAAACUUUUGCCAGCAGUUCUCUCCCUCACCGCUGCCCAACGAGGCAGCCAUAAUGGUCGACCAAAUGCGCGAAACCGAAUUGAUAUCCAGGCUGCUGGAGCUAUUGAAUAUGGAGUCAGGCUGUCCCCUCCACAGAUCGCUCAUUCUUGCGAGUGGGCCUACCAAGGCGAGAACAACCGAUUGAUCCGAUGCGAGCGAGGCGAAACCCUCAGGAUCACCAACGCCUGGUACGGACGAGAAAACAACCAGAUCUGCAACGUCCAGCGAGGAACUGGCCGACUUUACAACGCUGUUGGAACUUGCAAGUCAGAUGCUACUCAGGUCAUCAAGGACCGAUGCAAUGGACGACGACAGUGCAAUCUCUCCUUCUCCAAUGGCUUCGUUGGCGAUCCAUGCUACGGAACCACCAAGUAUCUCGAGGUUACCUGGCAAUGCGCAGCCCCAGUUGUUGCUCCAGCUAUUGACGAAGAUCGUCCAACAGGGUACGAACCAGAGCCAGAAAGGGCUCCAAUGGAUAUGAUGGACAAGAAGAACAAGAAGAUGGGCAAGAAAAUGAUGUAA